CCUGACCACACAGCCUGCUCUUCUCCGUGCACCAGGUCCAGCCUCUUCUGAAGCAUGAGUUCCCACCAGCAGAAGCAGCCCUGCACCCUACCCCCACAGCUUCAGCAGCAGCAGGUGAAACAGCCCUGCCAGCCUCCUCCCCAGGAACCAUGUGUCCCCCAAACCAAGGAGCCGUGCCACACCAAGGUGCCAGAGCCAUGUCACACCAAGAUUCCAGAGCCAUCUCAGACCAAGUUUCCUGAGCCAUGUCACACCAAGGUCCUGGAGCCGUGUCACACCAAGAUUCCAGAGCCAUGUCAGACCAAGUUUCCUGAGCCAUGCCACACCAAGGUUCCGGAACCGUGUCACACCAAGAUUCCAGAGCCAUGUCACACCGAGAUUCCAGAGCCAUGUCAGACCAAGUUUCCUGAGCCAUGUCACACCAAGGUCCUGGAACCGUGUCACACCAAGAUUCCAGAGCCAUCUCAGACCAAGUUUCCUGAGCCAUGCCACACCAAGUUUCCGGAGCCGUGUCACACCAAGAUUCCAGAGCCAUGUCAGACCAAGUUUCCUGAGCCAUGCCACACCAAGGUUCCGGAACCGUGUCACACCAAGGUUCCAGAGCCAUGUCAGACCAAGUUUCCUGAGCCAUGCCACACCAAGGUUCCGGAGCCGUGUCACACCAAGGUCCUGGAACCGUGUCACACCAAGAUUCCAGAACCAUCUCAGACCAAGUUUCCUGAGCCAUGCCACAUCAAGAUUCCAGAGCCAUGUCACACCGAGAUUCCAGAGCCAUGUCAGACCAAGUUUCCUGAGCCAUGUCACACCAAGGUCCUGGAACCGUGUCACACCAAGAUUCCAGAGCCAUCUCAGACCAAGUUUCCUGAGCCAUGCCACACCAAGUUUCCGGAGCCGUGUCACACCAAGAUUCCAGAGCCAUGUCAGACCAAGUUUCCUGAGCCAUGUCACACCAAGGUACUGGAACCGUGUCACACCAAGAUUCCAGAGCCAUCUCAGACCAAGUUUCCUGAGCCAUGUCACACCAAGGUUCCGGAGCCAUGUCACACCAAGAUUCCAGAGCCAUGUCAGACCAAGUUUCCUGAGCCAUGUCACACCAAGGUACUGGAACCGUGUCACACCAAGAUUCCAGAGCCAUCUCAGACCAAGUUUCCUGAGCCAUGUCACACCAAGGUUCCGGAGCCAUGUCACACCAAGAUUCCAGAGCCAUGUCAGACCAAGUUUCCUGAGCCAUGUCCCACCAAGGUUCCGGAGCCAUGUCACACCAAGGUUCUGGAGCCCAGCUACUCCAAGGUCCCUGAGCCGUGUCCCUCAACAGUCAUCCCAGCGCCAGUUCAGCAGACCAAGCAGAAGUAAUGUGGUCCACAGCGAAGCCCUGGAGGAGCCGACCACUGGGUGCUGAACCCCCUCUCCCACGCUGCCUGAGUCCCAUUUGCCUUACAAUUAGCAUGCUGCCACCCUGAGUCACAAUCCUUCCUCAUUUGCACCCUGAAAACAUGAGCUAUGAAGCUUUCCUUCCCAAA